UUUACAACGGCGGUUGUAAGCUCGGAAACCAGUGAGUGGUAAAAGAAAAGAUCUGGCUCAUUCAGCAUAUGCUGGAUACUCUAUGGGUUUUGGCAUGGAGGAAAGCUCUAUGGAAAACUUUCAAAAGAUUGAAAAGAUCGGAGAAGGAACGUAUGGCGUUGUUUACAAAGCUCGUGAGAAAGGGUCAGGCAAACAUGUUGCUUUGAAAAAAAUUAGACUAGACGCGUAAGUCAGUUAGCUAUUUUUCUUCUUUUUCAUUGCUAAGCAUACAUUUUCAAAUUUCUUUGUUCACAACUGACAACUGUAUUUCAAAAUAUUACUGAACAAAUUGUAAAUAUUUAUUUUAGUAAUAAGUUAGUAGACAUAAUGGUUGUGGACUUUUUUUUCCCAAGCGAAAAAUUAAAUUGCAAAGUGUAUCAAAACGCAUCGGCAUCUUUUAACUAAUGUCUAAUGUCAAUGUUCCUAUCGUCCUUCGACCUUGUAUUUAAAAUAUUUAUAAUUAUAUUACUACUAACUGAAACUGUGUUAUAGUUUAUAAAAAAUGGCCUACUGGUGGUGUAAGCCUACAUUUUACUAUUAUACUUAUACACAUGGGUGGGCCAAAAAAAGGGAGAUGGGGAUGGUUGUGAGAGUAUUCUACUCUGUAUAGUCUUAUAGUAUAAUAAUUUAUAAUCAAAUCCUAUUUAUUUUUUUCUCAGUUCCAUUCUGAUUCGUUGAUUUUGAAUGUCUUAUACUUAACAUUGUUAUAUUUGGCAUUAGUUUUCUCAUCAUAUCUCAUAGGCGUAGACCACGGUAUGACCUAAUCAGUAUCCAUUAUAAUCCAUCCAUCUGCCCCAGCAGAUCCUUACUAAUACUAAUUUAAUACUAACAUAUGCAGGCUUCACUGUAUUAUAGUGAUCUUCUGUUUCCCUUACUUUUUUAAAAAUAAAAUCUUUUAACAUUUCCUGUCAAUCAUAUCAUUCCAAGAUUUUCAGAUUUCAUAUGCGUCCAUUUCUGCAAUAAAAAAUAAUUUCCUGUCAAUCAGGUCAAUCUCAAUCUUACUGUCUCAGAUUAAUUAUUAUUUUUUCUAUUGUUAUUGUUCUCUGUUCUUUUUUUUUUUUUCUGUCAAAACCACCGCUGUUUUGAUUCGUCUUUCUUCAGGGUUUCCCUACCAUGUGUGCUACAUUUCUUAUUGCACUGAGCACACUUGCCUUGUAGACUGUUUGGUCCUCUCUGUGGGGGCUUGGUAUGUUCAAUCUGAUAAUAGCUGCAUCUUUAGAUAUCUUUCUGUGUAAAUCAGAGGUUCCAAAACUGUGUCAGGGCUUCAUUACAAACAGCACAGAGUGAAAAACGAUUCAAUAUCUACUUCUAACCUUGGGCAAGCCUGGAUGCACUAAGGGCCCUGCGACUUCAAAAGUUUUUGGAACUUUUGUUGUACAUCUUUACCUUUCAAAAGCAAACUGCAGAUGGGGAAUGCAAGGAAUGUGAACUCCUCAACUUGUGUCUGUUGUGGAAAAUGUUACUUUUAGCGCAAUUGCAUAUUCUUCAUUAAGACGAUCAUUCCAAACUUAUGAUUGAGUAAUAGAUACUAUAUUGUUAUGUGACUGAAGAAUUAAAUAGGCCUAAUGCAUAUAUUUAAUUGCUUUUAAGGAUUAUAUUAAAUAAAAAAAUUCAUAUUUGUCUUAGGGAAAGUGAGGGUGUCCCUAGUACAGCAAUCAGGGAGAUUUCUUUGCUAAAAGAACUUGAACAUCCAAAUGUUGUUAGGUAAGUGGGUUUUCUAUUAUGUUCACCUUCACUGUUUACUUAUUGCUUCUUUUUUUCACUUUGCAUCAUUAUAUUUUAUACUUACUUAAAAUAUUUACAUUUUUAUCAUGCUGGUAAAACCAUAUAGACUUUAAUAUGGUACUUACAAUAACAAUGUGUUGAAGCAUCAGGCUAUUUAUUAACUAGACCACUUUUUAAAUGAUAAUGUCUUAAUUUUUUUAAUUAAUUAUUUCAGACUUCUGGAUGUGAUUCACUGUGAUAUGAAAUUAUAUCUUGUAUUUGAAUACCUCACCAAAGAUCUGAAAAAAUAUAUGGAUUCCUUUCCAAGCAAUGAACAUAUCAAUCCAGCACUCAUAAAGGUUGUUCCACCAUUUUUUCCUCCAAAUCAUAAUGUAUGUUAUGUACUUAUUUAUUGAGAUAAAAUUCAUAAUUACUACUGAGUAUUACACUUUACAAAAUAUUCAUAUACCCAGUAGUUACUUCUGUACAUAUUUUUUUCUGUUGUUCUUUGAAUGCCAAAGAUCUUUCUUGAUCACAAGCAGAAUGAUUACCUUUUAUGUCCUUUUUUUAAAAAUAUUAAUAAUGAAUGAAAAGUAUUGUACCGUACUGUUGUGAUUGAAUUAUUACCUUUUUCUUAAAUAUGAACUCUGAUAAAGGUACUUCAUGUUCUGCUAUUACUAAAUAAUAUCUCAAUUUGAUGUUAUUGUGACCUAAUAUUUCAGAGCUACAUGUACCAGUUACUCAAUGGUAUCUCAUACUGCCACUCACACAGAGUACUUCACAGGGACUUAAAACCUCAAAACUUACUUAUAGACAUGGAAGGCAAUAUCAAAUUGGCAGAUUUUGGACUUGCAAGGGCUUUUGGGGUGCCAGUCAGAACCUACACACAUGAGGUACUUUAAUAGCUUUAUAGUAUGUUUAUUUAACAUAUAUUUACAAAUAGAAGACAGGGUCCCUAAUAAGGAAGAAUAGCCAAGGCUAUCAAGCAGCUUAAAUUUGGACCAUGGGGAUACACAGCUACAAGAUCCACAGGCUGUCUUCCUCCGAAACAGAUCAUGCACAGACCAAAUUGCAACUUUAUGCAUCAUUGUAAAACAGUCCUUAAAUUGAACUCCCCCUUUAUCUAAAGUUCUCCGGCAUCAUGGUGUACCAGGAAAACUGGUCAGGAUCAUUCAGAUUUCUUAUGAAGAAAUGACAUUCUGGGUGGUGCACAAAAAUAGACUCGCAGAUGACUUUAAAGUGGAAACAGGAGUCAGACAAGGAUUUCUCUUGUCCCCCUUCCUAUUCAACCUUGCCACUGACUGGAUAAUGAAAAAUCCCCAGACAUACGAGGAAUGAGAUCUAGUGUACACCCCAUGAACAACUGAAUGACCUAGAGUUUGCAGGCAAUGUUGCACUUCUGUUCAAUGCAUGAAAAGACAAGUAUGUAGCCACCAUUUCAGCACAGCUUGGACUCAAUGUCAAAGAACAUGAAGAUAAACUCAAGUAAACUAACAGAGAAUAUAGUGGAGGCAUUUCACCUACUUGGGCAGCACCAUUGACAUAAAUGGUGGAUCAGAAGCUGAUGUCAGGAAAGGCUAAGUCAACAUGUGUGCUAUUAAAGAAUAUAUGGUAUUCAAAGGAGCUGACUCUGCAAACUAAAGUCAGAAUUUUCAACACAUCUGUCAAAACUAUUCUGCUCUUUAGAGCCGAAUCUUGGAGAACAUCAAGCAGAAAGUACAGACAUUCAUAGUUGCCUUUGAAAGAUCCUGAACAUAAAAUGGCCAAAUAUCAUCACCAACAAGGAGUUACAAACAGCCGAUUGCUGAAGGCAUGGUAAGGCAAAUAUAGCAGUGGAUAAGCCACACUCUUUUUAAACUGCCAAAUAACAUUACCAGAGCAUAGAACUGCUACCAUUGGUAUUGGAUGGUGAUUCACAAAGAAUCUUGUCCCUGGUUUCCACCUUCGCAAUAGUUAAUAUGGAGCCCAAGACCGGAGGCUCUCAUCAAACUAAUUUUACAGCCUCGUGUUAUGUCUGGCUCAGAGCGCCACCAGACCAGACAAUCCCUAACACAGAAUCCACAAGGAAAAGGGUAGAGAUGAACGCCAGAGAAUACAUGGAGAUGUGAGCUAGAGAGACACAUGAAGUAUGUGACAUGCCUAGAAGCAACUGAAAAGGAAAGCACAGGGCCGAGUUGAAUGGAAAAUUCUUGUAGACAGCCUAAGCCCUAGUAAUUAUGGAAAGCAAUAUUAAUUUGGACUUGCAUGUGUUUUUGGGGUGCUCGUCAGAAGUUACACACAUAUGUACUUUAUGUGAAUUACAUUUCUCAUUGAAAUUGUAAGAAGUAUCACAUAUUUAAAAUAUACUUUUAUUAUUUUGCUAUAAGAUCUCUCUCAAGUGCUUUAGAAGGUGUAAAGAAGACUGAAAACCUUAUUUGCCUCAUACUUUUUGCAAAAAUAUUAUAAAUUAUAUAUUUAAUUUUAAUGCUUUCUUUAAUUAUUAUUUUAAUUAUUUGGUUUACAUAUCAUUUUGAACAAAUCUAAAAUAAAAAAUGUUCCAUGAUAUGACAAUGUGUUAAGUUGCCAUUUAGGAUGGAUUCAUGUUUAAAAAAAAAAACUGCUGAAGGAUUAAUAUGAUUAAAUUAUAACAUUUUGUUGUGUGUUCAUAGGUUGUGACUCUAUGGUACAGAGCACCUGAAAUAUUGCUGGGCAGCAGAUUCUAUUCAACCCCAGUUGAUGUGUGGAGUCUGGGCUGUAUAUUUGUUGAGAUGGUAAGCAAUGAGUUCAUUUAUUUCUGUGGCCUACUGUGUUAUAUUAAAUACCAAUAUGUUUAUUUAAUUUUCCCAAGAAAAUGAUUUUAAGGGACUUUCACUAAGCCUUCACAUUGGAUCUCAAUUAGCAGAGAGAUUAAUAGUCCAAGUCAAUCACAUAAUAAAGGAUGCAGCAUUAUGCUAUGCUCAUGAUGCCUUUCAUAGUCCAUUUUAGAAGCCACAGUGCCUCUGUUGACAAUGGUAGUUGAAAUCUCUAUAAUUUCUUAUGAUUCAGUAUUGAAGUAAAACAUUUGAUUCUUCUCAAUGCUUUGUACUAGGAAUGCUUACAACGAAGCUUAUAUAUAUUGACUUAGGUUCGGAUACAGUACAAAUGAGCAAUUCCUGUACUUUGUGCAUUUAGUUAAUUUUUCUAGUGUAAACAUUUUUCCCAAAAUUUUUAUUUUAAUAAUUAGUGAAUUUUAUUAGCAAUUAGAAAAUUGACGUCAAAGUCCAUGGUGAGAAAGUUAUAGUCAGUCAUUAAAUAUUUCCCUAAAAGUGGAGAACUUAUUGAGAAAUGGCUGCUUAUCAGAGUCCAAAAGGGUUAAAUGUUUCGAUAAAAGUUUUAAAAUUCUAAAUACAUAUCAUACCUAGUAAUUUAAACAAAUUAAUCUGUUUUGAGUCAAGGAGAUAUAUAUUGAUGAAGAUAUAUAUUAAUUGUUAUAACCAUGUAAUCAAAUUUUUAUUAACAACAUUAUAUUUUUGUUUUUGUUUAUUUUUAUAUAUGCCAGGUUAGAAGACAAGCUUUGUUUCCAGGUGAUUCUGAAAUUGACCAGCUCUUCAGAAUUUUUAGAACAUUGGGU